AUGUUCGAGCUUAGCUCCACAGGAAUCUUUGGAACUACAGAAGAGUUGCCCCUUGCCGAGGGGACUCCUUGUUCAAAAUAUCAAGUGGCCUUCAACCUUUCAUGCUACGAGAUUGUGAGGCUCCAGCGCUCAUUUGUGAGCGCCCAGAGCUGGUGUGAGAGAGGAGGGGGCCAUCUGGUCUUUAUUGAAAAUGAAGAAACCCAAAAGUUCUUGGAGGACCACAUCCCUGAGGACGAGGAAUGGUGGAUCGGGCUAACCUACAGUUCCUCCCUGAACGAAACGACGGAAGGUCCCAUGGUUUGGCUGGACACCUCCAACAUCACCUACAGCAAGUGGCACCAAGACCCACCCUCGGUCCUCACUUCUGCCUGCGGCUACAUCCUGAAGAACUCUGGCUACGAGUGGGGCGUCACAGAAAACUGCAGCCAGGAGUUUGACUUCAUCUGCGAAUUUGAGUCAGGCCACAGUAUGGCUUGUGACAACUUCAAUGCCACGGUGCAGUGCGGAUCAGGAGACGUGAUUCAGAUCGGGGACAGUUUCUACGGGCGGAAAACUCCCCACUACUGCGUGCUGGAGACUCCCUUGGAGUUUGAUGUGGAAGAAGAAUGUAGCUGGAUCAGCGUAAAGGAUGAAGUUGCAGGGCAAUGUCAUGGGCUCCAAGCAUGUCAAGUGGCAGCCGAUGGAACCUUCUUUGGAGACCCUUGUCCGGGUUCGGGAAGCUACCUGUCUAUUCAGUACCACUGCAUGGAAGGCUUGCGGCUGGCUGUGACGGAGAAGAGCUUUGUUUUUGAGAAUAUCACCAUCUCAUUGAAAUGGCUUCUCUCUCCUUACUCUGGCAACCUCUCGUGCAUCAUUAGCACCGGAGAUGGAAACACAAUCGAUCCUUACUACCCGCCAACUUCCUCUAGCAACGUGACCUACAGCUACGCUUCUCCGGGUGAAUUUGCCAUCUUUGUGGAAUGCACAACCAGUGAAUGGCAUGUGUCGGCCCAAACCCUUAUAACCAUCCAGGAUAAAAUGGACGAGCUUAUUGUCACCGGUUGCUUCAGCGCUUACGAAGCUGGGAACAGCUCUCAUUGCAGAACUCUUUAUGAGGAAACGUUAUGGAUUCAAGUGGCCCUCAAUGGAGGUAGCGGGGUGACUUACACCAUGGUAGCGGAUAAUAAAACACUGACCGAGUCCAGUGUCAAGGCAGGAACCAUUCCUCACAAUCUGACCUUGGAUGCAACAUCUCAACAGCUGCUUGGCCCGGGGGUACAUCACCUCGAAAUCUUUGCCUCCAGUAACACCACUGAAGCAGACAUUUCAGAAGGCCUUACCAUCCAUUUGGUUGAGCCAAUCACUGGUCUUCAAGCCAUGCUAACCUCCAACUCCGUGAAGUUAGGAGAAGAUCUGGAGAUAAAGGUCUCUGCACCUCAUGGGGAACCCGAAAAGCUGAGGUUCGAGGUGAUUGGAUCGAAUGAAACCUUCUCCCACUUGAAGGAUGGUCCUGAAGGAGAAAACAAAACCUACAAGAUCCCAGUGAAAUUUGAAGGUGCUUUUCUAGUCAAGGUGAUUGCCGCGAAUGCCUUCUCGAAUAUGAGCGUCGAUGUAGGAACAGUCACUGUCUCAUCCAACAGCUCUGAACCUCUUGACGACAAACAGAAAACCAACAUCGGUGACAAAAUAAGAACUGAUAGCAACUGGAAAAAGCGAAUGUACAUUAAGCCCAGUCGCCACGCUGGCAUCUUUGCAACGGUUAUUCUUGGCUGGCCUGAAGGCAGCAACACCUCUUUCUACUCAUGGUCUUGUGGGUACUGCUGGCCUGAGUGGACGGAAUGCGUUCAACUGCGAUCCAUCCUCAUUGACCAAAGAGAGAUUCGGAUCCCGCCCGCCUGCUUGCCUCCUGCCAGCUCGGCAGUGACUGUGAAAGUUACAGUUCAAACCCCAGAGAAGGAAACCAAGCAGGAUGAGCAGUGCCUUUACUUGACAGCAAAACAAGAGCUGAGCCUCCAAAUCAGCUGCAAUACGAACUGCAAGCCAGUGAAUAUUUCAGAAGAUGUCAUGCUUAGAGUCUCUGCAGAGGCCGACUCAAAAGACACUGUUUACAAGUGGUACCUCGACAAUAAAUUCCGCAGAAAGCCCAACCUUCUCCCAUCGGGCUGUCACUUGAGUGGCUUCCGGCAGAGUAAUCUCACAUUGCUUCAGAGCAAUACGACAGUGUUGGUGUUGAACAGCUCCUUUCUGCAAACACGAAGAGAAGCCUUUAGAAUUAAAGUUACAGCAACGAGUGAGCACAAAUACGGUGAAGCAACUUACAUCGUGAGCACUGUGCCUCCCCCUGUAGUCCCAGUAUGUACUGUCUCCCCGAAGCAAGGAUCGGUGCUAACCCUCUUCUCCAUCUCCUGCCGCUCUCCCUGCCUGGAGGACCAGUGUGUCCCAGUGGACAGCUCCCCACUGACAUACUGUUUCUACCUUGAGCCAAAUUCUCUCUUGCACUGUGGCCAAGAUCCUGACCUACCCUCAGUUUACCUCCCACUCGGAGAAGAGGACAAUAACUUCCUUUUACAUAUUACCAUUGGUGUGAGUAACAGCUAUGGGGACACCAUCCACACAAAGGCCACAGUCAGGGUUCAAUAUGAAGAUAUAAACACUGGGAACCAGACCCUGCAGGCCAUUGUAUCAGAAAAAUCCAGCACCAUCCUGAAAGGAGAAAACAGCAGCAUGUCCCUGUUCCAGUUGUACAAAUCAGUAUCGUCGGUCCUGAAUCAAGAGACGAGGGAAGAGAGCGUUAAUUCCUCCCUGCGGACAGAUACACGGAAAGAGCUGAGAGAGUUCAUGCUGACCACUCUGUCGGCUGUCAGCGUAACAUCCAUGGAGACUGCUCUCAAGAUGUCUGAGGUGCUCAAAGAAAUCACUUAUAGGAGCGAAGAGCUUUCUUCCUCUGCUCAGGUGGAAGCUGGUAAUACUCUGAAGGAUGUCAGUGAAUCCUUGCUGAUUGUCAACCCUGAAGAUGGAGAGGAGGACCAGAAGCGCAAGGAUGCUGCCACCUACCUGUUCAACGCCGUGAACAAUGUUCUUGAAGCAACUGCGCAGAACAGGACAGAGGAGUCUUCUGCCCUACAGUCUAAACAGAGCUCGGUGUCCCAGAAACUACUGACCACCGUGGACAACCUCCAGAGUGCUUUCCUCAUUGGGAAACUGCCUGAUGAUGAACCCACAGUGCUAACAGCAUCCUCUGUGACUAUGUAUAUCAACAGGUUGCAGACAGAUGAUGUGGACAGCACGUCCAUUAAUAUCUCCAACUCUAGCGCGGCCAGCUUCACCCUGCCUUCUGCCUCUUCUCUCAGCAUCUCAGAAGCCAGCGAUGAGACUGUGGAUAUCCGGAUGGUGAGCUUCUCUGUGAAUCCCUUUUCCUCAACUGACAGCUUUGAUAUCCACGGAACUGUGGGAGGCCUCACCCUCACCAGCCUAGAUGGGUUGGUCAUUCCAGUUACAAACCUGACAGAAGACAUUGAGAUAAUGUUGCCAAGGAGUUUGGAAAUUCAAGAAGACAUAAGUAUGUUGAAUCUGGGAAACUUCAGUGCUCUUCAAGUCAAUGUGACCUCAGCAAAUACAUCUCUGGUGAUUCAUUUGGAGCUGGACCAAGAUGUUCCACUUAUCCUGUACCUGGGAUAUGGCUAUCAACCCAAUGAGACGGAACACGAUUUCAUAACACAUGUUCCAUUUGACAGAAACGCCAGAGAGACGGUGUAUUCUUGGAUUCUUCAUCCAGAAGAUCUCAUUUUUGGAGAAGGAACUUAUUAUUUCAUAGUGAGAGUGGAAACAGAACUGGGGCUGGUAGCUCUCAGUGACAUAAACCUCUCCAUCACUUGCUUUGUAUCCCAGUGCGUAUUCUGGGAUGAGCACCAAGGAAAUUGGGAUAGCUACGGAUGCCAUGUUGGCCCCAAAACAACCCCCAGCAGCACCCAGUGUCUCUGUAACCACCUGACAUUCUUUGGGAGCUCCUUCUUCGUUAUGCCCAACACCAUUGACGUCAGCAAAACCGUGGAGUUGUUUGCCACAUUCGUGGACAAUCCUGUAGUCGUGACGACUGUAGGCUGCAUCUUCCUAGUGUACCUGCUGGUUCUGAUCUGGGCUGGAAGAAAAGACAUCCAAGAUGAUGCCAAAGUGAAGAUAAUGGUGCUGACGGACAAUGACCCCUUUGCUCAGUAUCGCUAUCUGGUGACUAUUUUUACAGGGCACCGUCGAGGGGCAGCCACGACUGCCCAGGUGACCCUCACCCUGUAUGGCCAGGAAGGCGAGAGUGAGCCACAUCACCUGGUGGACCCUGAGAUGCUGGUCUUUGAGCGAGGAGGAGUAGAUGUGUUCCUGCUCUGUACUCUCUUCCCUCUGGGGGAACUGCAGAGCAUCAGAUUGUGGCAUGACAACUCGGGAGACAGCCCGUCCUGGUACGUGAACCGUGUGUUGGUCCAUGACGUCGCCACAGAUCAGAAGUGGUAUUUCCUGUGUAACUCUUGGCUGGCCAUUGAUGUUGGAGAUUGUGUCCUAGAUAAAGUAUUCCCCGUAGCCACUGAGCAGGACAUGAAGCAGUUCAGCAACCUGUUUUUUAUGAAGACCUCCAAAGGUUUCCAAGAUGGACAUAUCUGGUAUUCCAUUUUCAACCGCUCUCCUCGCAGCUCCUUCACUCGGGCCCAGCGAGUUUCCUGCUGUUUCUCGCUCCUUCUGUGCACCAUGCUGACCAGCAUCAUGUUCUGGGGGGUGCCGAAGGAUCCAGCUGACCAGAAAAUGGAUUUAGGUAAGAUAGAGUUCACGUGGCAGGAGGUGAUGAUUGGCUUCGAGAGCUCCCUCCUCAUGUUUCCCAUCAACCUGCUCAUCGUGCAGAUCUUCAGGAACAUCCGUCCUCGGCCCAACAGAGAGAAGAAGCCAGGGAAAAGCGGACGAGUAUCUCCCAGUCUAUCUACUCUUCCCCAUCAGGGUACCCAGAGUGUGUCACUUACCCCUGAAGCUGUGAUCAAGGACAUCAGGCGAAUUGCCAGCUCUCUCUUCAAAACCCUCAGGGCUCCAUUUCCUUCCUUGGAGCCCGAUUUGGGGAAGUCUACCGACAUCAACAAGCUUUUGGCCUUAGUGGAGGACAUUAUCUGUCAGCAGAACAGAAUUGGACAGGAAUUUUAUGACGAGAGCAAGAAGAAAGAUGACCCAAUUAUCGUUACUCUCGGCUUGGUGGAUUUACAAGGUAAGAGCCCAACUCCAGAGAGAGGGAUGGGUGAGAGGCUGAAACACCGAGACUACAACCGUUGCCUCUACAUGCAACUGCAGAACGUGGAGACGGAGCUGGAACUGCUAGGGGCUCACCGCUUCCAGAACCCGCAAAGCUACUCCCAAGCUGUACGGCAGGUUCAGCACAUGAAGGGCUUCCUGGAAAGUCAACUCUGCCCUGCAGCAUCCAUCAGUGACAGGAGCUCACCUACUCUCAGCCUUCCGGGAGAGGAUAAGAAGGAGCCAGCACCCAAAGGCCUGCCGUGGUGGUGUGUGUUCAUUGGCUGGUUCCUGGUUGCUGUCACUAGUGGCGUAUCUGGAUUCUUCACAAUGCUUUAUGGGCUCCAUUACGGCAAGGAGAAUUCCAUCAAAUGGCUGAUCUCCAUGGCCAUCUCCUUCUUUGAAAGCCUUUUCAUUACACAGCCGCUGAAGGUGCUAGGAUUUGCUGCUUUCUUUGCUCUGGUUCUGAAAAAGGUGGAGCAGGAAGAUGAGGAGAACACAGCUAUUGACGGACCACUGUCUGCCCCAGGUGACUCAAACCCCCUCUUUGGAGCCCGUAGAGACAGCGGAAGCAACAUCUACCAGCCUCCCCCUGCUACCGAUGUUGAGAAAAUGAAGAGCAACCACAUGAAGGAGCAGAAAGCGUUCGCCCUGAUUCGUGAAAUAAUGGCCUAUUUGGGUUUCUUGUGGAUGUUGUUGUUGGUUGCCUACGGCCAGCGUGAUCCUAACUCCUAUUACCUGAACAAACAUAUUGAGAGUAGCUUCACUGAUGGAUUCCAGGAUGUCUUCAGCUAUCAGGAUUUCUUCAAGUGGUCCAGGACAACAUUAGUCAGCAGUUUAUAUGGCCCGUAUCAAGGCUUCAUCACAGAUGGCAACUCUAAACUGGUGGGCAGCGCCCGGAUUCGUCAAGUGAGGGUGAAGGGCGACACCUGCCCCAUAGAUCCCCAACUGUGGCUGACAGUUCGAGAAUGCCACGCCUCUUAUUCUUUCGACGCAGAAGACACAUCAGACUAUGGAGAACGCUGGAAUGUCUCUUCCACAGCUAAUUCUUCAGAGAUGAGUUCUGUAUGGCACUAUCAGAGCCAAUCCAAGCUGAGAGGGCAUCCAAUCUGGGGGAAACUGGCAGUCUACAGAGGAGGAGGAUAUGUGGUUCACUUGGGGACAGACUCCCAUAACGCUUCCAGAAUUCUCCAGUACCUCUUCAACAACAUCUGGCUGGACACCUUUACGAGAGCUGUAUUUGUCGAGUUCACAGUCUACAACGCCAAUGUGAACCUGUUCUGCAUUGUAAGCCUCAUGUUUGAAACCAACGCAUUAGGGGCCUUCUUCACACGGGCUGAGCUGCAGAGUGUCCGGCUUUAUCCAUACACCGAUGGCCUUCACAUCUUCGUGGUAGCAGCAGAAGUGAUUUAUUUCCUGUUUGUCAUCUACUACAUGGUGGAACAGGGAAAGCUCAUGCGAGCUCUGAAGUGGAGCUACUUCCGCAGCAAGUGGAACCUGCUGGAGCUGGCCAUCAUCUCCAUCAGCUGGAGUGCGCUGUUGGUGUUUGCAAGACGCACCAUCCUGGGUUUACGGGACAUCAGCUACUACCAGGAGCAUAAGGAUGAGUUUGCGAGCUUCAAUCAGACGGCGACUGUCGAUGCGGUUCUGGGCUACCUGAUUGCUUUCUUGGUGCUUCUCUCCACCGUGAAGCUAUGGCACCUCUUGCGGCUGAACCCCAAACUGAACAUGAUCACCUCCACCCUGCGGAGGGCCUGGGGGGACAUCUCGGGAUUCGCAACCGUGAUUAUCAUCAUGUUCCUCGCCUACUCCAUAGCUACAAACUUGAUCUAUGGCUGGAAGCUGAACUCAUACAAAACCCUCUUUGAUUCAGCAGAGACCAUGGUCAGCCUUCAGUUAGGAAUAUUCAACUAUGAAGAGGUCCUGGAUUACAAUCCCAUUUUGGGCUCCUUCUUAAUUGGCUCGUGCAUCAUUUUCAUGACCUUUGUGGUGCUGAAUCUAUUUAUUUCAGUGAUCCUCGUUGCUUUCAGUGAGGAGCAGAAGCAUUACCAGGCUUCAGAUGAGGAAGAAAUUGUUGACCUGAUGCUGAUGAAAAUCUGCAGCUUCCUCGGAAUCAAAUGCAAAACUGAUCCUAAACCAGCCUGUGACAAGCUAUUGGAAGGACCUGCAACCAACUAACAACAGCAUCC